AUGUCCUGGUAUUCCGUCAUCUAUACACGAGUACGUGAAUAUUCGGAAAAUAAUCCUAUUAGUGGUUUUUUCCUUGCUCGUUUACUGAACGUUCUUCUCGUGAUGCAGUUGCUUGGGUUGAUAUACAGGGACAACGAAAUUCGAAGCAUUUAUAGCUUCUACGUGUAUAUUUACAUCGUUUGUGGACGCUUUCUGCAGUCUCCACUACAAGCAACCUUCUAUCUGUGUGUCUACUCUUCGCUGGCCUUCAUGGCUCUGUGGUCACUUUUUUCUUCGUUGCUAGUUGGAAUGGCUAAGGUACCACAAAACUGGACAGUGUCACCAGAAAUAGAUGCGGCGCUCAAGGAAUGUACUCCUUUCGAAAAUGGGCGAUACCUCCCCGAUAAGUCAACGAAUGAGCAGGCAAUGGAUUUCAGGUACUGUUACAUGUGUAUGAGUCUGAAGCCAGACCGAUCGCACCACUGCUCGUCUUGUGGUCGAUGUGUGGUGAAGUUCGACCACCACUGCCCAUGGAUCAACCAAUGUGUCAAUCAUACGAACUACAAGCCGUUCUUGCUGUACAUUUUCUAUAGUACGCUCACUGUUGUUUGGUUUUUGAUCACUUCGUUGGAGUGUUUUGUUCGUUUUAUUUUGAAUGCAAACUGGCUUGAAGAUUCAGUUCCAUUUUCGCUGCUGUUAACUGUAAUGGUUGCAUAUGGUGUGUUUGGCUACUAUCCACUUGGCGAAAUGCUUAUAUUCCAUUUCGGCCUCAUCUCAGUGAAUGAAACUACCUGUGAACAAGCGAAACCAUCUGUGCUGAAGUUUGACUUUAAGGCAGACUAUAAUUUGGGUAGAGCGAAGAACUUUAUGCAGGUGUUCGGCUGGGGACUGUGGUUGUUCCCUUUGAACACCAGUCUCGAGGAUGGUUUACACUUUGAAAUACGGUACGAGAUUUUAAUGUACAAAAGUUCAGAAUGA